AUGGCCAGCAGACACCCAUGGAAAGCCGGGGGCGAUGGCGUUGAGUACCAGUACGAGCGCGUCUCGAUCAACAUCCCCAACACCGACUCGCGGCGGGCGCCGUGGGAGGAUGAGUCCAUAGAGCCUGCACUGGCGCCCAAGACGUUUGACUCCGACCGCCUCGACAAUGGGCUCGACGGGAUACCGGUGGAGUACGCCGGGAGCGUGUUGAGCCGAGGGUGGUACGAAGCGCGGCAGUGGGUGGUGGACAAGUACUACGACAAGAACUUCAAGUUCAUGCUCAUCCUGCUUCUCCUCGUCAUCGCCUUUGGCACAGCCAACCGUGUCAUCUACAAGAUCCAGCUGUACAGCCGCCCAUCUCUUCUCGUGGGCUGGCCAUUGGCGGGCACGCCGUCGAGCCCGCAGAUGAACAACUACACCAUUUUCAUUUCGUGGGUGCUCACCACGGCCUAUUGCUUCCUCUACUUUGGCAUCUUCUCGGUGCGAAGAUACGGCCUCUUCAUCAUCGACGACGAUCAGGUCGGCUACGUCUUCUCGUGGAGAGGAUUGAAGCUCAUCGUCAUGGGUCUCAUGGAUGCAACGGGCUUCGUGUUCGGUAUCUUCGCCGCUCGUCAGAUCAACGGCUUCCUGCUUACCCUCUUGCCUCAGGCCAUCAUUCCCAUGACGAUGGUCGUUUCCCUCAUUGCGCUGCGAACCCGCUACCACUGGGGUCAAGUGCUCGGUGCGGCGACGCUAGUCUCGGGUCUGCUGGUCUCGCUCAUCCCCACCUUCCAGAAACAGGGCUCCGGUGACACGAGCGCGCUGACGGCGGUCUGGGCGGGCGUCUACUUGCUCUCCCUGCUACCCAACGCCAUCUCCUUCAUCCUCCGCGAGAUGGUCUUCACCGAACUGCCCAAGAUGGACAUCUUUGUCGUCAACAGCUUUGACUCCUUCUGGCAGCUGAUCUUCUCCGUCCUCAUGUUCCCGCUCGUUCUCGUGCCCGGCUUCAGCUCGGUCUCGUUCCACGAGAUCGGAGACUAUAUCCCCAACGGCGCGUCGUGCCUAGUCGGGUUCACGCCCACGCCGCAGGACGACUGCAGUGGCGAGCCCUGGUUGAUGAUGAUGUACGUCUGUGUCAACCUCAGCUGGAAUAUUUCGCUGCUGCUGCUGUUGAAGAAGGGCGGUGCCGUGUUCACCUUCAUCGGAUCUGCCGUGUCCCUGCCACUGUCCCACUUUGCCUUUGCCAUCAACUGGCCCAUCAUCGGUUCGGGAACAGUCAGCUGGGAGGACGGCCUCGGGCUUGGCCUCGUCUUCGUUGGUUUGAUCAUCUAUCGGUACUACGCCGUGGUGCAGAGGAAGAAGCUCGACGACGAGACCCGGCAGAAGCUGCUCGAUCCCAGCUGGCAGCCGCCCGCCUCCUGCUGGCGACGCCUGUGCUGCCGCAACCGCGACCAAUUCGACGACUGA